GUCUCUAACUGUGCCUCCCCAGGGCCUGCCCCCUACUAGGAUGGCUCUUCUGGGAAUGCUGCUCGGGCUGCUGAUGGCUUCCUGCUUCACCUUCUGCCUCAGUCAUCAGAACCCGAAGGAGACUGAGGCUCAGAGACAUUAAGUAACUUGGCCAGAAUCAUUCAGCCAGUUUGUGGCAGAGUUGGGAAGAUCAGGAUUCUCCCCAGGAGCUGGUUGCCUGUGUGGUGAGCACUAAGAGUUUGCGCUCACGAGCCCAGAAAAGAGCAGCACCAAAGAAGCCGAGAGAAAGGAAACCACAGCGGAAGAGGAGCUGGACUCUGAGGUCCUGGAGGUGUUUCACCCAACCCAUGAGUGGCAGGCCCUUCGGCCAGAGAUGGAGUGAGACUAAAACUAGAUCAACAUGUGUAAAACGUUACACCCAGGAUCUGGCACAUAGGAAAUACUCAUGGACAUCAGACAAACCCAAAUUGAGGUCUGAUCUAAAAAAUGGCCGACUCUUCAAGUAUGUCCAGGUGAAGAAAGACCAAGAAAGAACUGAGGAGCUGUCACAGAUUGUAGCACACAUGACAGGUCAGGCUGUCCCUGUAGGAUCCCAUGUACGGCUGAAUCUCCAGACUGGGGCAAGAGAAGUGAAACUCCAAGAAGAGGACAAGUUCCAAAGUAAUUUGAAAGCAUUGAAAAAAGGCAAAAGGCUGGACAUAAACGCCAACACCUACACAUCUCAGGACCUCAAGAGUGCACUGGCAAAAUUCAAGGAGGGGACAGAAGUGGAGAGUUCAAAGGAAGACAAGGCAAGACAGGCCAAGAUUAAACAGCUCUUUCGCCCCAUUGAGGAGCUGAAGAAGGACUUUGAGGAGCUGAAUGUUGUCAUUGAGACUGACAUGCAGAUCAUGGUACGGCUGAUCAACAAAUUCAAUAGUUCCAGCUCCAGCCUAGAAGAGAAGAUUGCUGCACUCUUUGAUCUUGAAUAUUAUGUCCAUCAGAUGGAUAAUGCACAGGACCUGCUUUCCUUCGGUGGCCUUCAAGUGGUGAUCAAUGGGCUGAACAGCACAGAACCCCUGGUGAAGGAGUAUGCUGCAUUUGUGCUGGGGGCUGCCUUUUCCAGCAACCCAAAGGUCCAAAUAGAGGCCAUUGAAGGGGGAGCCCUCCAGAAGCUGCUGGUCAUCCUGGCUACGGAGCAGCCUCUCACUGCAAAGAAGAAGGUCCUGUUUGCGCUGUGCUCCCUCCUACGACACUUCCCCUAUGCCCAGCAGCAGUUCCUGAAACUGGGGGGGCUGCAGGUCCUGAGGAGCCUAGUGCAGGCGAAGGGCACAGAGGUGCUGGCUGUGCGUGUGGUCACCCUGCUUUAUGACCUGGUCACUGAAAAGAUGUUUGCAGAGGAGGAAGCCGAGCUGACCCAGGAGACGUCCCCAGAGAAGCUGCAGCAGUAUCGCCAGGUGCACCUCCUACCAGGCCUGCGGGAGCAGGGCUGGUGUGAGAUCACUGCUCACCUCCUGGCCCUCCCUGAGCAUGAUGCCCGCGAAAAGGUGCUGCAGACCCUGGGAGCCCUCCUGGCCACUUGCCGGGACCGCUACCAUCAGGACCCCCAGCUCAGCAGGACACUGGUCAGCCUUCAGGCUGAGUACCAGGCUCUGGCCACCCUGGAGCUCCAAGAUGGAGAGGAUGAGGGAUACUUUCGGGAACUGCUGGGAUCUAUCAACAGCUUGCUGAAGGAGCUGAGAUGAGAUUGCCCCUAACACCAGGACUGGACCGGGGCACUGGUGAGACUGUUGGGUACCAGCUUGGGUGGGCUCUUCAGGGGAUACCAGGCAGAAGGGAGGACUUCCUUACUGGGGCCUGGGUAUCAUCUGGGCAGUGCUGACUUGGCCAUUAAAUGGAGGCAUGAGA